GGGCCCGGGCGAUCCGUCAUGCUUUGAGCCACCAGCCGCCUCCUAGCGUCCCGGACGGCGACCGCGCUCCCCGCCCAGCCCAGAGGCCGGGGCCCCGGGGCCCGCUGCCGGCGCAGGGAACUACAUUUCCCAGGGUACCCCGAGGUGCCCCUGGGUGACUUCUUGGCGGGGCGGCUCGCAAGAUCGAGCGUGUUGGCGAGCCGGAGGGCGAUCCUGAGGAGGGGCAGGAUGCCGCCGGCGGUGGGCGAAGGCCCGGCAAGGUUCGAGCUGCGUCCCCGGCGGGGCCGCUGUGGGCACCAGGUUACUAGGGCUGUGGGCCCGGACGUGGCCGCCGAGGCUGCAGCGCGGAGUCCCAAACGGCCUGCUCGGGGCUCGCGGCGCUUCGAGGCAGCCGGCCGGUGGGCCCUGCUGGCCCUGGUGACGUUGCUGUCCUUCGCCACCCGCUUCCACCGUCUGGACGAGCCGCCGCACAUCUGUUGGGAUGAGACUCACUUUGGAAAAAUGGGAAGCUAUUAUAUCAACCGCACCUUUUUCUUUGAUGUGCACCCACCUCUGGGAAAGAUGCUGAUAGGUCUUGCUGGCUACCUGAGUGGGUAUGAUGGGACUUUUUUGUUCCAGAAGCCUGGGGACAAAUAUGAGCAUCACAACUACAUGGGAAUGAGAGGAUUCUGUGCUUUCCUUGGUUCCUUGUUGGUCCCCUUUGCCUACCUCAUUGUAUUGGAGCUGUCCAAGUCUCUCCCCGCAGCACUGCUCACUGCUGCCCUCCUCACCUUUGAUACAGGAUGCCUCACUCUGUCCCAGUAUAUCCUCCUUGACCCCAUCUUGAUGUUCUUCAUCAUGGCUGCCAUGCUGAGCAUGGUCAAGUACAACUCCUGUGCCGACAGGCCCUUCUCUGCCCCCUGGUGGUUCUGGCUCAGCCUGACUGGCAUUAAUCUGGCUGGUGCUUUAGGGGUCAAGUUUGUUGGCCUCUUUAUCAUCCUGCAAGUGGGGUGGAACACCAUUUCAGACCUUUGGCACCUGUUUGGAGACCUCAGUCUUUCAGUGGUGACUGUGGGGAAACACCUGACCGCUCGCAUCCUAUGCCUCAUAGUGCUGCCGCUGACUCUCUACACGGCCACGUAUGCUGUUCAUUUCAUGGUGCUGAACAAAAGUGGUCCUGGCGAUGGCUUCUUCAGUUCUGCUUUCCAGGCCCGGCUUUCAGGCAACAACCUUCACAAUGCUUCCAUCCCCGAACAUCUGGCCUAUGGCUCUGUGAUCACCGUGAAGAACCUGCGGAUGGCCAUCGGCUAUCUCCACUCCCACAGGCACCUCUACCCCGAGGGCAUUGGUGCCCGCCAGCAGCAGGUUACCACCUAUUUGCACAAAGACUACAACAACCUGUGGAUUAUCAAGAAACAUAACACAAACGCAGAUCCCCUGGACCCUUCCUUCCCAGCGGAGUUUGUGAGACAUGGAGACAUCAUUAGGCUAGAACACAAAGAGACUUCUCGGAACCUGCACAGUCACUAUCACGAGGCCCCCCUGACCCGGAAGCACUAUCAGGUCACUGGCUAUGGCAUAAACGGGACAGGGGACUCAAAUGAUUUCUGGCGGAUUGAGGUUGUAAACAGAAAAUUUGGAAACCGGAUCAAAGUGCUAAGAAGUCGCAUUCGCCUCAUCCAUCUGGUCACGGGUUGUGUCCUGGGCUCCUCGGGAAAGGUCUUGCCUAAGUGGGGCUGGGAACAGUUGGAAGUUACUUGCACCCCAUAUCUAAAGGAAACCCUCAACUCUAUCUGGAAUGUGGAGGACCAUAUCAAUCCCAAAUUGCCAAACAUCAGCCUGGAUGUGCUGCAGCCCACUUUUCCUGAGAUCUUGCUGGAGUCCCACAUGGUGAUGAUCCGGGGGAACAAUGGCCUCAAACCCAAGGACAAUGAGUUCACAUCCAAACCCUGGCACUGGCCUAUCAACUAUCAGGGCCUGCGCUUCUCAGGGAUCAAUGAUACAGACUUCCGCGUGUAUCUGCUCGGCAACCCGGUGGUUUGGUGGCUGAAUCUGUCGAGCAUUGUCCUCUACCUCCUCUUGGGGAGCAUCUUUGCUGUCGCCGUGCAGAGAGGGGCACGCCUGCCUGCGGAGGUUGAAGGGCUGUCCCAGGUCCUGCUGCAAGGAGGCGGUCAGCUCCUGCUCGGCUGGAUGCUGCAUUACUUCCCAUUCUUCCUGAUGGGCCGGAUCCUCUACUUCCACCACUACUUCCCGGCCAUGCUCUUCUCCAGCAUGUUGACAGGGAUUCUGUGGGAUACUCUCCUGCGGCUCUGUGCCUGGAGUCUGGCCUCCUCUUCCCUGGCCAGGGGCGUAUAUGUGGUGGGACUCUUGAGCCUGCUCCUGGGAACUGCCUAUAGCUUCUGCCUCUUCCACCCUCUGGCUUACGGGAUGGUGGGUCCCCUAGCCCAGGACCCCCGGAGUCCCAUGGCGGGACUAAGGUGGCUUGAAUCAUGGGACUUUUGAGACUACUGCCACUCCAGCCUGAGCCCAGGAACUUCUGGGGACAGCCAGCUGUGCAGCCAGUCCCUGGACCCUCCCAGCUGUGGGCAAAGCCACCCGAGGAGCCCGAGGAGUUCUGCUGCCUGCCGGGAUCAAGCUCUGGGAGCAUACCCCGAAUUUAACCCAGCACUAGGGAGAGCCGCAGCGCUGUCUACAGAGAUCUCACCACUGGGAAUGCCCCAGCAACAGAGGACAUCUCUCAGGCCCGUUUCCCCGAGUGUGCAACACAAGGAAGGAUGAGUGUGUGAGAGAGUGGGCAUGAGUGUGUGGGAAUGGGAGAGUUCAUUUGUCCAUAUACUUGUGGAAUAUCGACCGUGUCUGUGGACAAGUGGGUGUCAUAAACUGUAAGAAAUAGUCCAGGGCUAUAGUAGUAUUUUCUAGUAUUUCUUUCACACUGGAUUGGUUUGAAAGCAAGAGCCAUCAAAAAUUCUCUGACCUCCAAGAAGGCUGAGCUCAAUGGCCCUACUUUGGAAUAUCAUCAAGGGCAGAGCAGAGGGGGCCAUUAAAGCUCUGCAGCCCUUCUCCCCACAAACAAAUAGAGCUGAGGGCCCCUGAGCUGGAGGGCUGGCCUCCCAGGUGCUUCCCCGGGGAACAGCUGCUGGGAAGUCUCUGUGGCAGCAGGUGGCUGCACUUCCUGCCUGCAAUGUGCACAGAGGACUGGGCUCUGGAGUGAGGCAGCCGAGAACUCAUCAGCCCUUGGUUCCUUGCUCUCCAAGAAUAUCACAUGAUGACUGGUGGGAGGAAUGGCGUCCUAGCCUUGGCUGCUCUGUGUUCCCAGGCCCUGCGUGCCAGAGGUGGUUUCUUGCUGUGCGUCCUUUUCCCUCUGCAUCCAGCCUGGCUACGAGGUGGGGCAGAUGCAUUCUCUGCAUGGUUGGGGGAAACUUUGGGGCCCCUUGACAGCCGAGGCUGGUGGGCAGCAGGGCAGGGAAUCUCUGGUACUGGGCUGGGGUCCUGGGUUGAUGUUCCUGUCACUCAUGAGGUGUUCCCCACUUUUACUUCUCUAGUCUUCCCUGCUGCCCUGAAUGCAUUUCAUUUCAUUUCCCUUUCUCUGUGUCACUGUUUCACCGAUCUCUUUCUCCCAAAGACCCAGAGCACCCAGAAAUGCAGCAAAGCGUCUGCUCUCUACCACUUUAAAGCCCAAGCAAGAAGCUCAGAGCCGCUCCUUUCACUUCCUCCCCAAAUGGAAGAGAUUCAGAAAACCCUUGGGUCAGAACCGACCCAGCCUCAGGCCCGCUCUUCAGGCCUCCUGCCAUGCAUGACAGAGUGUUUUGUCUCCGGGGACUGUGAUGCUUCCAGGUUUAAUGAUGAGGCUCUGCCACACUUCAUCUUCCCUUUUCUGUAGCCCCCACCAGUUCUGACAGGGUCAGAGCUCUUCAGAGCAUCUUCGGGUGGCGGUUGCCACGGAGACUGGAAAUUGGGCCCAGGGACAGGCUGUGCUACCUACUGGGCAGUGGGGAGGGAAGCUUCUGGCCAUCCUUAGCCGUUCAGACCAGCCAUCAUUAAUGUUAAUAGAGGAAAUGCAGCAAUGUCAAAAGCAAGGCAGGUUUGUUAAUUAGAUCUGGGGUGUGAUGACCUCCCUCUCCCAGAGCUGCAACCCUCUUGACUUCCCCUGGCAGGAAGUGCUGCCUGUGUGCUGAGUCUGGGCUGUGGGCUUAAUUGCGCUUCUGGAAGGGGAGGAGAGCAGGGAUGGAGAACUUCUGCUCACCCUUUCUACCGCACCACUGUCCCUCCUCCCCAAAGGUGGAGUUGGUUUCUUCUGAGCUGGGUGUGGGUAGCCAUCCGGGUGGGCUCUCCUGGAGGGAGAACGCAGGAGUGUGUGCUUGCUUCUCAGCCAAGAACAGUGGCCCCGUGACAACUGGGACGUGGCCGAGUUCCCCUCGUACCUUCUUAUUUGCUACUAGGAACUUUUUGGAAGGGAGGAACUCUCAAGGAGCCAGAGGGGCAGCCACUCUGAGUGAGGGUGAGGAAGGAGAAAGCUCAGCCAGCUUCCUGCCCAUGGCUCCCUCCUAAUUUGGCUACAGAAUUAGAGGGUUCCUCUGUCUCUUCUACUGCGUUCCAAGGAUGAGAGAAGAAUUGUUGGCUCACUCCCUCCUCUUCCUCUUAGCCCAGACUGAGGGCACUUCUCUGAGGACAAGGCUGUAUGGGUUGGUGCAGCUCCCGGUGCUCAGGUUUGGUCGGUGGAAGAUGCUGGGGAGAGGGGAGAUCAAGGUGGUGCUCUGAGUGUGGGCUCCAGUGCCCAGGAAUUGGCGGAAAUGUGACACGCCCCACACACCUGCUGGUGGAGGAAGAAGGUGUUUGUUAGCCCAACCUCCAGCCAGCUUUUUGAGCCACGAUUUUAUAUAUAAAAAAAUAGUUUCCACGGAUAAUCAGAGGCCAUUUACUUUUGUAAUAAAUAGCUCUUGUUUUGA